AUGAGCGUUGGACGAAGUAUCGAAGUUACAAUCGCUAUCGCAGUAUUCGAUGUGGAAAUCAAGUCCCAAACUUCCAAGCUGGGUGACAGGGUUGUUAGUACACAAGCUGAUGUGGUGGAUAAUGUUGUCCGUACUAUUGACGAGUCCCCAAAUAACUUCCCAAGAGAUCACACAGUAUCGGCCGAUGAGAUUAAAGCCACCAUAAGACGAUCCAAAAAUAUAAAAGCACCUGGUUUCGACGGUAUUUUGAACAUCGUGCUGAAACAUCUGAGUUCAAAUGCUUAUCAACAUCUUUCAUCAAUCUUCAAUAGAUGCCUUGAACUUGGCUACUUUCCACUUUGCUGGAAACUGGCAAAAGUAACCCCCAUCCUAAAGCCAGGCAAAGAUCCCACAUCUCCUAAAAGUUAUCGCCCAAUAAGUUUGUUAUCGUCACUCUCCAAACUGUUUGAAAAGAUCAUCCAAAGUCGUAUACUGGACUUUGCGGAUACGAAUCAUGUUUUCCUCGAGGAGCAGUUCGGUUUUCGGAAAGGAAGAUCCACUGUCCAUCAACUUACCCGUGUCACUGAUAUCAUCAGAUGUAAUAAAGCAGUCUCAAAAACAUCUAUUAUGGCUUUACUGGACGUCGAAAAGGCCUUCGAUAACGUCUGGCAUAAUGGCCUUAUAUGCAAACUGAAAAGAUUCAACUUCCCAAUCUUCCUAGUGAAAAUUAUUAGAAACUAUUUAACAACCAGAUCCUUUCAAGUUUCAAUUUGUAACACCUGCUCUGACACAUUCAACAUCCACGCUGGUGUCCCCCAAGGAAGUAUCCUUGGUCCCAUCCUGUUCAAUAUAUUUACAUCAGACAUUCCAGAACUCCCUGAUGGAGGACAAUUGUCACUAUUUGCCGAUGACACUGCUAUUAUUUACAAAGGCCGCAUCAUCCGCUCGAUCGUAAAUAAACUGCAAAAUGGACUGGAUGUUUUGGCAGAAUACUUUAACAAUUGGAAAAUAUGCAUCAACGCAGCGAAAACCCAAAGUAUUGUCUUCCCUCACUCAAAGUCACCAAAGCUCGUUCCACCCGAGGAUGUCAAGAUUCGCCUAGGAGAGGGCGUUUGCGUGACAAAACGGGAAUGGAACGAAGAAGAUUCCUACGCUGAACCUGGUUUACGAUAUUCCAUUUCACGCUCGAUCGCCCUUAGUCCCUUAGCACAGGUCGCGUACGGUUCGGGUAAAGAGACUUUCCAAUGUUGCACGUCAUCCUCAUUACCGGACCAUCAUCUCGUGGUCAUAAGCGAAGGUUCUUUUCAUGUUCUGAAACCCUUACCCUCCAACCCACGAGCUCCCUGGGUCACUAAUCAACUGCGACAACUGAUGACGGCAAAAAACCGUGCUCUUCGAAACUUCAGCAAGCACAAGUCCCUCUGCACAAAGGAAGAAUACCGCAUGCUGAACACGGCGUACAAAAAAAGCAGUAGGCGUUGCUACCAGACAGAACUAUCUCCACCGACUACAGCACAUAUUUUUCGAGCUUCGCUGGACUUCGCAACCUUUCCCUCGCUCUGGAAAGAAGCUUACAUGUUCCCUGUUCACAAAAAUGGAAAUAAGAAAGAUGUGAACAACUACCGCGGAAUAUCAGCUCUUUGUUCGAUAGCCAAACUGUUCGAAUUGGUUGUUCUAGAUCCGAUUUUCUCGUCCUCAAAACAAUACUUUUCCAACGAUCAGCACGGAUUUCUGCCGAAACGAUCCACGACAACAAAUUUGCUGACUUUUACAUCGUUCGCGCAAGAUAGCUUCACCAUGAAGUCACAAACUGACGCCAUCUAUACUGAUCUGUCUACUGCUUUCGAUAAACGGAACCCUCUUCACGCAGAGUACACUCUUGGGAACGAAACCAUCGCCCGGGUGGACCACAUCAACGAUAUGGGCGUUUUGCCUAGACCAUCGGCUGGAGUUUAA